CGACGAAGGAGGAGGGAGAAGAAGAAGAAGAAGAAGCUUCUCUUUUGACCCCUCAAAAAGAGGAAUUUUCGCAGGCGGAUCUUACAUCUGUUCCGAAUCUAAUCUCUUUGAGGGAGAGUGAAUCAAAACAAUGGGUUUGUGGGAAGCUUUUCUCAAUUGGCUUCGUAGCCUCUUCUUCAAGCAAGAAAUGGAACUUUCUUUGAUAGGGCUUCAAAAUGCUGGAAAGACAUCUCUUGUCAAUGUUGUUGCAACUGGUGGAUAUAGUGAAGACAUGAUUCCUACGGUGGGUUUUAACAUGAGGAAAGUGACAAAAGGGAAUGUUACUAUCAAGCUAUGGGAUCUUGGUGGUCAACCGCGGUUCCGCAGCAUGUGGGAACGUUACUGCCGUGCUGUUUCCGCCAUUGUGUAUGUAGUUGAUGCUGCAGAUCCUGACAACCUAAGUGUCUCCAAAAGUGAACUCCAUGAUUUGUUGAGCAAGUCUUCCCUUAACGGUAUCCCUCUUCUGGUUCUUGGGAACAAGAUCGACAAACCUGGAGCUCUGUCUAAAGAAGACUUAACCCACGAAAUGGAGCUUCAGUCGCUUACAGAUAGAGAAGUUUGCUGUUUCAUGAUAUCUUGCAAGAACUCUACCAACAUUGAUCAGGUCAUUGAUUGGCUGGUUAAGCAUUCAAAAUCGAAGAACUAAACUUCACCAAGAAACACAUCCUCUCUUCUUGCUCUUCUUAGUCUUCUUGUUUUGUGUGCCUCCUUGACAAUGAUUAUGGUUGAAGAUGAUUCUUUUGUGUAAAACAAGAGUUUGUCUCUGUUUCUUGUCUCUGCUGCUGGUCCAGUCUUGUCUCUGUAUAUUUAGAUGUGGAUUGUAUUCUAUUCUAAAGCAUUUGCAAUUUUGGAAACACAAAACACAAAAAUGGUUCAAAGGCUUUAUUUGUUUCUCUUCAAACCAGUUUCUAAACGGUCACGAGAAACAUGAAGGUAAAGUUACCACAACAACAGAGAAACAGA